AUGCGGAAUGCUGUGACUAUUAACAAAUUUAUCUACGGCAUCGACACUCUCCAAACGUCUCAACGUGCGACCGAUGCGGAGAAGAGUCUUUUCAAACAUGCUCGCAAUUCUGCACCACUGGAUCCUCUAGCUCACAGCACCCGAAGCUAUUCGAAACAGAAUCGCUACUUUAGAUCAUAUUUAAGGCUUAAAUCCAACCAGAGUCCACUCGUUAUUGCAAAGCAUAUUGCUCCGCAUUGUGCUGUUUUUCAACUUGAUUAUACAGAGGGUGCGCCAGAAUGUAUGUUUCAAUGGCUUCAAAGAAACAUUGCUCAAGUUUUAUUGAAAGAAACCCCUAUGUGA